CAAACAGCGUAUAAAUAGCGCGCGCUGUUAACAUUACAAUCACAGAGCCGAGUGGAAUCGCGAGGAGAAGCGGUGGGUUGCAAGCGGCCUGAAUCCCAAUGUCCAUCUGCCUGACGAUGUCGGCUUGCCCCACUCCUGCUACCUCUUAAACACGAGAACUUCCAUUGGUGUCUCGACAUGGAGACUGCAGCAGUGCAAACAGAUGGACAACCAUCACAGGAAAGUGGAAAUAUUGUCAAGAAAGAUGACGUGUACAUGGAAGACGUCACCAUAGUUCUACCGAUUGUAAAGAAUGGUGUCAGUGGCCUUGGUGAGCUCUGGAAUUGUCAUAGCUCUGAAACAACUAAUCAAAACCUGUUCAAGAAACAACUCGAAAGUGAACACCUGAUUGCCCACCCACUCAAGAAGCUUGAGUACAGCUUGACACACAUCAAGGGAACUGAAGACCAAAUCGCAAUGGUCAAAGCUCAUGGCUCCAUAGGCCUGGAGCUGCUAUGUGGGCUCAUUAAAGUUGAAGGAUUGGCAGACUAUAGCAAUAAAUCUGUGAGAAGCGUGAACGAAGAAAAAAUAAUCUGUCAGUACAAUUUGGAAAACUUUUCAAUCUCCUUGCUUCCAAGAGCUAAUAUGGAAAUCGAUGAGCACGUACACACCCAGCUGAUGAAAGGAAGCAUCAAAGCAACACACGUGGCAUUCAGGGUGAUCUUGGGCGCGGAAGUGAAUGCGCACGUACUGGUCACGCGGAAUGAGACAAAAAGGAGCGGUGGCAUCAGCGGCAAUGCGCUUGGGAAACUUGGUUUUGGCAAAGUAACGGCCUCUCUGAAAGCUCAGCUCGAGUGGUUGGACACGAGCGAGGCGAAUGACUACCGCACACAGAUCAACAUUCACUCCAAGCCGCCAAUGAAGCGGCAGCCAUCCACGGUCAAGGAGAUGUUUGAGUUGGUGGAAAAUAUCGACGUGUCUGUUGCCAAUGAGCAACAUUACAAGUUCAGUGACGCGAACAUCACGGGAGUGCCGAUUCGCUGGGUUCUUGUACCCAUUGCGCAGUACCUGGACAUUGACGUGGAGAAGCUCUACUUGCAGAUCAGCGAGACUUUACUCUGCGACUUCAGAGCCAUGCUCAUCUCCCUGCAGGAUUCUCGUCAGCCCGAUUGCAUUAAGAGACGAGUGCUCGAGAAAGAGCAUCGUCUGCAGUGCGUCCUCUCGGACUCCAGCUCCCCACUCUCUCGAGACAUUUCACAAUACGAGAAGAUACUCAACAAAAAUGUCGAAUCGUUCUUUAUUUGUGCCUGUAAGGCUUUGAGAGAUUAUAAGCAGGCGGCAAUCACAUCCAGGGAGCUUCACAAGCUCAUAGAAGAAUAUGAAAUGUCUAACUUCAGCGCAAUUGACAUAUACACAAAGGUGGACAAAUUCGUGAUGGAUGGAAAACACGAACUUGACGGAAUCCAUGAGAAAGAUGUAACUCAAAUGGAGGCUAAAAUCUGCACCUUUACCAACCGUGAAUUGUUGAACGAAUGGAUGAACACAGAGUCGAACAUUAAAAUAUUGUUGCAGACAAAGGGUGGCCGUUCCAGUGGAGUAUUCCAUCGCCUCUUUAAAAUCAGUCAUGCACUAAAAGAGCAAAACAUUGAUGUGGGAAUUGCACUGCCUUCCAUCUCUGAUGACUUCUCUCUUACAAUUAAGGCUAGAGAACACCAAAAGUGUAAUCAGGUGGCUGAUAUUCCACUCAUCCUUGGUAUUGUUGGUGCCAUCGUGACCACAGACUCGUCAGUGGAGAAUCAGUUUUACACGAUCAUGGCUUCACGCUUCAACAUCACUUUGCCGCUUCAGACGAACGAACUUAAAGAGCUUAAUCGCCUGGUAGAAUUAUUGAAAAUAGGAGAUGUACACAUUGCCUCCUCCUACAUGGAAUCUUUAGAGUGCCUCAUGAGUGGCGACUAUCACUGGAUGUUUUUUGUCCCACUUGAUGCAUUGGACACUGCCUAUGAAUCCAUAGUCGGCCUUGGCGACAACUUGAAACGACUCGCCUGUGCCAAUGGAAAGUGGGUGGUGGGUAGGCUGGACAUUGUCAACCAGCACGAAGCGCCCUUAUUGUUUGUCCUUCAUGACAAGGAAGUGAAAGCCAUAUGUCUAGACCAUCUGGACAUUAUGAUUCUUGUCGAUCUCUUCAACAAAGCGGCUACCUCUGAACACAAUGAGCCCGAUUUGUCCGUCCUGUCGCCAGAGUCCCUGAAGUGUUCUAUCUAUCACAACAGAGCCGCUUACGCAGUUAAGGCCAUGGAACUCAUGGAUCAAGCAAAUCAUUCUGAGCACAAUUAUAAUCACCUAAGGAUGCAGUCGUUUGAGGAUAAUGUCGAUGAGAAGCUUACCGAUGCACUGCACAUUGUCCGCAGUUGUCUUUCCCGAGUAGACAUGAAUGUUAUUGCAAUGGUUACACAUUUUGCCAUAAGGGAUAAUCCAAAAAUUAGCAGUAUUCUCGAGAAACACGGAUGGAGAAACGUGGAUUGCAGUUUUGGCAAGGUCCAUCUAGAGCUGCAAGAUUGUGAGUUGAUCAGUACUGGGCUGCAAGAGUGGUUAAGUUCUGAAAACCAAGAUGGAAUGACUCAUGUAAAAUCACUGAUUUCAAUUUUGAAACAGAUGUAUAAAAAUGACUCAUAUUGCUUUAAUGCCUAUGAUGUCAUAAAUAUAUAUGUUGGUCGAAUUGAUUUCAGUAACUUUCAAUAUUCCAAUUCAAACACAUUCAUUGAUCAAUGCAUAGAGAGACAUCAACUUCACGCAUUGAUUCAACAUCUCUCCAAAUUACAGUAUAAUCGUCACCUGGUCAUGCUGCAGCUUGCUUUUGACAAACUCAAAGAGGUAAAUGAGCCCAAGGCAGUUGUCGGGGUGCUGCAACUGCUGUCAAACCUUGGGCUGCAAGAAAAUCAAUGGGAAGAUCUCUGGACCAAUUCUUCGUUCAAGUACCUCAUUAGACGUGUAAUCGAGGACUUUGACGUGCUUCAAACGAUGAACCUCAUGGAUCACAUAUUCAUUCCAAGCGAAUUUCAAGAUAAGUUCCCAUGCAACAGUGUGUCUCUAAUGCCAAAUGACUUUUCAAGUUUGGAAAGUGUUUUGAGCACGUUUCAGAAAAUCAUUACUCUGAAAGAAAUCCCACGACAUUUCACUUCCAAAUUUGUACAGUCCAUUGCCAAGGAUGCCACUUUGGAGAAAUCGCUAAAUGAAGCCAACGCUCUGAUAUAUUGGAAAGAAAGGGAUAAACAAUUCAGCGAGGUUUGGUCUCUGCAGACAAUCAAGGAUGCUGUGAAAAAUAUUCACAAGUUUAACAAGAAUAAAGAGUCAGCCGAAUUACGUAGAAUGCAGAGAGAUGUUGGUAUCGAUGUGAAGGUUGAUCGUCAAGCAACUACCUCCAGUGUGCAAGUUAAGAAAGCGGUUGUGAUGGUGCGUGAAGAUUGGCACUCAGUGUUUGGCAAAUCCUUGCCAAUGAUCACAACGUAUGAGUACGUGAUGGUGCGUGGAGUUAUCAAGCAACCAGAUUUUUCCUCUGAACAAACAUCAUCAAUCAUGAAUGAAGCUCUGCCAUAUUUCAUGCAGACAUUUAAAAUGUGGGGGGGCAAUAUUCUUAGAGCAGAUGCGAUCUGUAGGUUGUGUCAAAGAGAAACUGCAACCGUCAUUGGCCAUGCCAGUAAACGUCCCAAUUUUACAGCUAACAUUGGUAAUGCGCGCAAUGCUCAGCAAACACGACAGAAGAACAAAGCUUCCCUGUCUCGACUCGACUGCAUCGUUGCUCUGCUCAGUGCUGCUGAUUGCACAGUCGUUCAAGAGAUGCUGCAGAUAAUGACCAAGUUCCCAAUGGCGCUCCCGCUGGUGAUGCCAGAUCUGGAACUUGCAGGCAAGUUGAAGGUGAUGCUUCUCCUGUUUGCCGGCAACACGAUUAAGUGGGAGUCUCAACCUGGCGUCAUUGCUGAGAACCACCUGUUCCUCAGCCCUUUCAGACUCAUCCUGGCCGUUAGACUCGGCAGCGGUUCUUGCGGGAAGAGCACAAUCCUCAACCAGCUCAUGGCCGUGGAGAACAUGUUCUCGUCGUGUGGGGAACCAGGAGCCCAGCGAGGGCCACCUCUGACCCUGGCCGGGACGGUGGAGUUCACGUGGCUCACACAGGAGACGUGCAGCGCCAGCCUGUGGGAAUCUGUCAUGCAGGAGUUUUACUUGCAGGGGCAGCAGGAGAUUGUGCUCCUUGCGAACCUCCAUGGCGAUGCCCUCGAGCACCCAACAACUCUCGAGUUCCUGAAGACGUUCACCUCAGCAUACCUGAUUUUCAUGAUGCCAGGAACAAAGAACAUCUUGGCAAAGAGAAAUGAGGAGUUUGUCAAACAUGCACGUUCUGAAGAUGAAUCCUUCUUCCUCCUUGUCGAUCCUUCAGCGGACUGCGAUGAAGCAGACGAAAUCAUCAUUCAGACAUCAACGCUGACAAAGGACGCUACUCUGGAGAAGGUGCGCUCCAUUUUCAAAGAAAUUCUAAAAAUUCCUUCUCAAAAAAUUACGCUCAACCGGAAGCUUGAAAGCAACGAAAUAUGCGACCCACUGUCUCUCGCACAUGGGAUUGAAUGUUUCGAAUCACAACGAGUGAUAGAUUUCGUUCAACAGAAGACGUGUAAAGAUAUUAGAAAAGCCAUGCAUUUUCAAAUGCAUACAACCAGUCAAAGAACAAAUCUGAUUCGAUCAUGGAGGGACAACGAGAUACUCCAGCAGCUGAUGACACUUUAUGGGGCAGUUUUGAGCCUGCCUCUUUCAGAAAGACUAAAAGCCAUGGCCCAUCUUGAGAGGGAUAUCUCACUCCUAUCCAAUGCAGAAUCCUCGAAUAUUAGACAAAAAGUUGCAACUAAAAUUGAGGACUUGCAAGGACAAAUUGUUCAAAAGAGUCAAGACAAGACAUUUGUGAAUAAAAUAAAAAUGGAUAUUAAUGAUAACUUGAAAGAGCUAGACCAUAUGUGCCUUGGUUUGGAGCAUUUCUUUCGUGAGUUGGGUCAUAUUUAUGAGAUAGUACAAGGGGGUCAAAGUAAAAAUGAAGACAUAUUAACAUUUCCAAAAUUGUAUGGAGAGUUGCUCACCCAAGGCCAUGCCAUUGAACUGCUUAAUGGUGACACCAGCGAAAUGCCCGGAGCGUGGUUGGCAGACAUCUUUCAACAUAUUUCCCGCAACUUCCCAACACUCCGCAUAUUCGUGAUCUCCAUACUGGGAUUGCAGUCGUCUGGGAAAUCCACGCUCCUGAACGCCCUCUUCGCUUGCAAAUUCGCCGUCUCCGUUGGCCGCUGCACCCGCGGUCUCUUUAUGAGGCUGCUCUUCUUGGAGGAGAAGCUCGUGAAGAAGCUCAAAUGCGACGUGAUCGUGCUCAUCGACACCGAGGGACUUGGGGCGCCAGAGAAAAUGAGCGACGACAACGCGGAACAAAAAGACCGAAUACUCGCAACGUUCGCAAUGAGCGUGAGCAACCUCACACUCAUCAACGUCCUCGGGGAGUACAUGCGGGAUUUGGCUGAAAUCCUGCAGAUCGCGAUCGUCGCGAUGGCUCGGCUCGAAGAGGUUAAGAUGGCGCCGGACAUCCUCAUGGUGCAGCAUCUCACGGAGAGGAACUCGGCCAUGAUGUCAUCGGCACAAAACCAAUUCUGUCAAGCGAUUGAAAAGGCACUGGAGCUUACGGAGAAGAAGGAUUUUGACACGGGCAUUGCCGAUGUCAGCUGCUUGAAGAACCUGACUGACAGGAUCCAGAAUGGGAAGCUUCUGAAACAAUUCCGCCCAUUCAAGAAUGGGGCUAGCGCUGGUUCUCCCCCAUCGGCGCAGUACCAUGAGGAUGUGAUGGAUCUGUAUAAAACGAUCCUGGAUACUUGUGCAAAGUCGGGUGGCUCGGUGCUCUUCUCAGAAUGGCACUCGCGUUUACAGAGCUUUUGGAGUUGCAUCUCCAAGGACAAUUUUGCCGUCCGAUUCAAAAACAUCAAAGAGAUUUAUGAAUUCAUUGACCGUGGGCACCGAAUUGCAGCCGUGAAAGAGGCCGCUGAUGCAGCAUUUUUUUUGCACACAGAGAAGCUGAAAAGACAAAUGCGUACAAUGGUGCAGGAUUGGAAUGAAAAAACUCAACAUCUGCCUUACCAAAAUGUGUUGAGAUUAUUCGAAAAAGAAUUAAAAGUGGUGCCUUAUGGCUGUAACGAUGGUGCAUCAAAAACAUUCCGAUGCAAGGCAUGUGAGGAUGUCUCUACAAAAAUCUAUAGUUUACAGGCAUAUGCAAAAAAAAAACAUUGCGAGCUGGAGAUAAUGAAAACGGUUAACAGCUAUGUACAGCGCAUCCGCCAGUCCAAUUUGACGAUCCUCACCCAGAUACUGGACGCCGCCGUGGUGCGUCAAGGCUGCUCGGAGCAGUUCUUUAAGGAAAUUAAGCGAUGCCUAAAAACGGAAUUGAUGAAACGGCCAGCUGGAGAUUUCUCUGACGAGGAACGCAGCAUUAUUGUCGAGAAUAUUCUAUCGAGUCUGUCCAGGAUCGCUACUUCGAUGAGAAAGGAUUUACCAGAUGAUAGAAAACUCAAAGAAGAGCUAGAAGAUGAAUAUGAGCAAGCGCCUUCUGUGUCUGCUCGAUACGGUAACAAGACACCUCUGAAGUCAUUUGGAAUCAGAGAAGUAGAAGCAGUAGCAGUACAGAAAAAUAGGUGGUCACCGCCAUUGAAAUGUCCAUGGUUACCGAAAAAGAUCGAUAACAGCAUAAUUGAAAAUAUCGCUUUGCUAGAGAAUGAUUUAGAAUCAUUGCCUAAGCUAAUACUCAAGGAUAAGAAGGCUGAGCAUUUUGAAAAUGGUAUGAUUCGUGAACUUAAAAAAAGAAUAGAAACAUCUAUACGUCUUUAUGAAGAAAAACAACAUGUUAAACUGCCGACAGAUAUCAAGUGGGAAGCCCACUUAUUCACUCUCCGUAAAUUUGGAGAACUCAUGUCAGUGUGUCAAGAUAAAUGGGAAAAACAACACUGCCCAAUUGCAAUCCUGCAACAAAAGAGGGAGGAGUUCAGAGCAAUAAUAGACAUUCAACUUCGAGGUGGAUUUUCAUCUGCUUCCGAAGGGAGAAUCAUUUCCAAAUAUCUCUUGGAUGCUAUUCGACAGAGAUCUAUUAAGUCAGCAAAUCGCAAAAAGGUAGAAGCCGUGCUGGAUUUGCACUGGACAACCAAUAGUGAGAAGGUUCGCCUCACCUACUUUGAGCAUCUGGCCACCCAGGUCGAUAAGAAACAAACCGCAGAGGCGCUACAGCACUUCGCACAUCCAAAUUCCACGAUUGAAAAUUGGUUCUCCAAGAGGGUCGACAGCCACGCCUGUGGAAAAACGACCGAGGCAUUUAAGGCGACAUACACCGCUGAACUGAAGCACGUCGUUCAGGAAAUCCGGAACUGUCAGGACAUCGCAUCAGUGCAGAAAUUCACUCGUGAUUACCUGACCCAUGCCGAAGACCUCGAAUACAAAAGCUGCUUAGACAAACAAGCUGUAUCGCAAAUGGACAUAUCUUUACUUCGUGACAGCGUCCUGGAAGUGCUCAAUGACGCCGAGGCAAAGGAAGACCCCGAGAGCGUGAACUUUGUGGCACCGUCAACAGACAAGAGGGUUCAAAGUCGUCUCGGCUGCACGGCACAAUGCUGCUGGUGUGGAGCUCUGUGCUGGGGGUCACGGGGUCACCACGAGAACGAUGACGACACAAAGGCGCACCACAGCUGCCACCAGCCUCGUGGCCUUCACGGCACGCAUUACAGAGACACCAAACAUUUAUCAGCAGUGCCAUGCAAUUUAUUAGUGGAUAAUUGCCGGGUCUAUUGGGGAGACAAAUGCAUGAAGUGGUCCGAGGCAAAGGCCACGGAGUUCAAAACGUGGAAGUUUGACGCUCACUGUAAUGACAAAUUCGAUGCACUCAUGCGCUGGUUUUUUGAGAUGUUGAACGAAGAGAUCGCUGCAUCGCGGAAACUGCUUCCUGCUACAAAAGAGGAAUUGGUAAAAUACGAAUGCCAAAACCUUGAACAUCGUUCUAUACUGGCAGGAAUUAGGGUGGCGCUAAAAUAGAAUGUCGUUAAAAAAACGGGCAUUCAUACUUAAAAAUACUCGAUUAUAGAGCAGCCAUUAGUAAUCACGUAGAAACAUGCAUAUACAAUUAAUUAGAGUUAAGGUACACACACAUAUUCCCAUAUACAGGAUGCUUAAAAAAAAGUUAACACUUAUAUGGGACUAUCGUGUUUAAUGGAAAAAU